GCUUUGCAUUAAUGAAAAAGUCGGGUUUUGCCUCUUUGACAUGAACAAGAAUAUAUGAUCAAAUGUUGAUCAAGUGAUGGACGGUUCUGAUGAUGUUUGAAAAUGAUAAGGUGUUUACUGUUCAGCUAGCAACUUUGUGGUCAUAAGUUACAGGAACUACACAUUGACUUCAAUAGUCAGCUUUCUCUAAAGAAGUUGUAGUCUCUUGUGCUUCGUUCGGACACUUCGCCUGAGUCAUCCGAUCACGUCUAUUCUGAGGAGCUUAAUGAAUUCAAGUGUCGUAAACAACAAAAGAUAAGCAAGACUGAGUUAGUUAAAAAGGUAUAUUAUAAAAAACAUUAAUGGGCAUGGCUGCUGGUUUGAAGCGAGAUGCUUUUGUUAUUCUCCGAAUCAAUGGUGAAGAGCUGUUUGAGUUUUUGAAGAGCCCAACUUUUGAAUCGGAUACACUUUCCAUUUUUUCCGAGAUUGGAUUACCCGGUGGAUCUCUUCAAGAUAACAUUAUGGAGGCUUUUGUCAAACUUACCGUUGAUCAGGGAAUGCCUCCAGCUACAGAUCCUUGGGUUGUAAGUAACAUUGUGAAACCAGCACUACAAUCCCUUGGUGAUGUCUCUGGACAACCAGUUUCACAAGCGACAUUUUUGGUCGAGUUUAAAAGAGCUAUAGAGAGUAUGGCACAACAUCUAAAAGAGAAACCCGCGAUUGUGGCUCAUAGUCAGAAUACUUUUGAUGGAAGUGGCAUUAAGAAAUUGUUGUCAAACAAAUUUGAGUUGCAUAAGAUAAUGAAUUCUGCUAUAGAAAGUGUACGCAAAGGUCAAAAUGGAGAGAUAUCUAACGAAUAUUUCCAUGGUGCGCUUGAAAUUCUUGCCUCUUCAGCUGGCUUACCUCCAUUUGGAACUCAGGAUCAGAUGGAUAACAUUAGGGCUGAAGCUCUUAAAACGUUUGAGGUGAAUGAUCAGAAAAUGGUUAGCGAAGAAGAGUUCAAGAAGUUAUUGUCUCAAGUACUCAAGACUAUCAUGCAACUUUUAGAAGCCAAUCCGAUAUCAGUGUCUGUAAACUCAAUCGUGCACGAGCCACAUGCUUCGUCCUCAACCCCAUCUUCACCAUAGUACGUCUGUAAGUCAUUAAAAAAUGUUGUGAAUAGAAGAAAUUAAUUAUUGAGUCUUGGAGUAUUUGAUGAAGAAAAUGGCAGUUUGGACUAAUAUUGUGCCAUGUUCCCUUGAAUGAGGAAAAUGUAUAAAUAUGAAAUAUAGGGUGAAAAGUGGACUUGAGUUGUAAAUUGAAGUGGACUAGUUAAUUUUCUUUUUCUCAUA